AUGGAUCACAACUCUCAGGCCGUCUCCGCAGCAGCGUCAACUGUGUUCUUGCUGUUAUCACCAUUUCGGCUAUGGAAGCUGCGCCAAGAAUCGAUCAAAGUUGUGCCAGGCCAUCGGGGAUAUGUGACACUUAUAAUUGCAGUCUUGCUGGCCCUGGUGCAGGUUUUCCUUGGCGGUACACGAGUCUCGCUGGUAACUGAGUUCGACAUCGGCCAGUUUGCUGCAAUUGCCUCAUUUUUGGCAUGCAUACUACUCUGCCCUCUGCUGUUCUUAGAGCACUCUCGCUCGGUCAGACCAUCUGAUCUGUCAAUCAUCUAUCUGCUCGUAUCCUUGGCAUGUGACGCUACUGAAUUUUGGUUGGCCUUUGCAAGCGGCGAACUAAACAACACCGAUGCUCUCUAUAUGGGCAUAGCCAACCUGACACUGAAAUUUGUGCUCAUUUUCGCUGGAAGCCGAGGCAAGGCAUCGAUCCUGCGCAACACUGGCGAACAAUCAUGUCCUGAAGAAGUAGGUGGCGUGCUGAGCAGAACCUUCUUCUGGUGGAUCAACCCGAUCCUCGCCCGAGGAAACAAGUUCGUCCUCUCCGGAGACAGUCUUCCUUCGUUGCAUACCGAGCUUUCAUCGGAGGUGCUUAGACGUCGGGCUCUGAGAUGUUGGGAACAGAGAGUCAAGCCAGAGAACAAGAUCACCUUGCCUCGCGUCCUAGUUAAUAGCCUCUGGUCACACUUCCUGGCCCCGAUAUUCCCCCGACUUUCACUCAUUAUCUUCCGCUAUGCUCAACCAGUCUUGAUCAGUACGGUAAUCCGAUAUCUGAAUUCGUCAUCCGUCGAGUCUUCGCAAACUGGCUAUCAAUUGAUAUUCAUGGCUUCAAUUGUUUACAUCGGACUGGCUAUUUCCAGCGCUCUUUAUUUCAAUCGCUUGAACCGACUUCAGGUCAUGAUCAGAGGAGCAUUGGUUGGUCUCAUCAACAACAAAUCAUUGACCCAGCAAUCAGUAGGCUACGAUGAUGCCAGGGCCAUCACGUUGAUGAGCACCGACGCAGAAAUUGUUGGGCAAAGCGCACGACAGUUUCACGAAACUUGGGCGCAGAUUAUUGAGGUUUUGAUCGGUACAGUGAUGUUGGCCCGACAGGUUGGCUGGGCUUGUGUGGUACCCUUUGUCAUGAUCUUCUUCUGCUCCCGUAUGAGUAAAUACCUUGCUCAGAACCUUCAAAGCAAGCAGAAGGACUGGAACGAAGCUACGCAAAAGCGCCUUGCCAUGACAACUUCGAUGCUGUCCUCGAUGAAGGGGUUGAAGAUGCUUGGAGUGACUAACUAUGCCGCUGGGCUAGUCCAACAUCUCAGGAAGCAGGAGUUACACAUGGCCAGCCGUGUUCGAUGGAUGAUGGUGGCUUACAACGCUAGCGCCAAUGCUUUGGGUCUUUUCGCUCCAAUAAUUACCCUAAUAGUCUUCGUCAUUUUUGCUAGUAUCAACAAGAAGGGCCAGUACCUUGAUACUGAAACCGCCUUUACCACAACAGCCCUUCUUGGCUUGGUGACGCAUCCGGCAAACAUGAUCAUGACGAUUAUUCCACAGGCCGUGGGGUCGCUCGCUGGCUUCCAGAGGAUUCAAGAUUAUCUGCUGCAGCCUCCUCGAAGUGACAGCAGAGUCUUGUUGAGAGAUUCUGAUGACGCAAUGACCGGACCUGCGCCAGCAAUUGUUGUCAAACGCGUGGCCAUCCGACCUAAUGUCUCAAAGCCUCCGAUUGUCAGCAACGUCGACCUCGAAGUUGCUCGUGGCUCAUCAGUCAUAUGCUCUGGUCCUGUGGGAUGCGGCAAGUCGGCGCUGGCCAAAGCUCUGAUAGGCGAGCUCCCACUUAACAGCGGAACCAUUUCAUUGUCUUCCAAGCGCAUUGGAUACUGUGCACAGUCACCUUGGCUGCCAGGAGGCACGCUCAAGGAGGCCAUUUGUGGGUUUCUGCCCGAGGACCACAGCUGGUACGAAGAGGUGCUCCAACUCUGCUGCCUGAAGGAAGACCUCGAAGGUCUCUCUAUGGGAGACCAAACCAUGAUCGGAAGUCGCGGUUUGAAUCUGUCUGGAGGACAAAGACAACGCGUGGCUCUUGCGCGUGCUCUGUACGCGCGUUGCGACAUCAUGCUUCUGGAUGAUAGCUUCAGCGCACUGGACGGUAAGACGGAACGUCAAAUCGUUGACAACCUCAUCGGUUCAGAAGGAUACUUCAAACAGGCAGGAGUUACCGCCUUUAUCAUUACUAACUCGACUUCGUACUUUAAGUUGGCUGACCAACUGCUGAUCCUCGGCAAUGGCGCGGUGGCCUACAAAGGCACCUGGGAAGAUUUAGCUCAAAAGCCCGGAGAGAUCCUCAAGUUCAAUGAUGACGAAAGCCAUUAUCAAAGCUCGGUGCAAGAGGUUAAGAUGGACAAGACCGUAUUGAAACAGAAGCUGAAAGUAGAAGAAGGCAUCUCUGACUUGAGCCGAGCGGCCGGUGACUUUUCGCUUUAUGGUUACUACAUUACAGCGGUAAAGCUUCGGAACUUUCUACUUCUAUUGCUGUGCACAGCUGGAAAUGCCUUCUUUGCGACGUUUCCGCAAUACUGGCUGCAAGAAUGGACUUCAGCACCUAAUUCAGAGACCUGGUUCUACGCCGGAGGUUAUGUCUUGUGCUCAUUUCUCGCAUGGUGUUCCACCAACGGUGCCAUGUCUUCUACAUGGCUCUUGAUAGCUCCACACUCCGGCAUGGAGCUCCACCGGCGACUUCUGGGAACCGUUAUUGACGCACCGUUGUCCUUCUUCUCAAACACUGACAUAGGUGUUACUCUCAGCCGGUUACUUCAGCCAAGAUAUCCAGUCGGUGGAUCGGCAGUUGCCACCCGCUAUCCUUUCUUUGACAAGAUCUUCAAGCUGAUAGUGCAAACGGCUCUGCUUUUCAGCGCACAGAAGAUGAUGACACUGGCAUUCCCACUUGUUGUGGUGGCCAUCUACAUUGUGCAGCGGGUCUACUUGCGUACAUCGAGACAGUUGCGACUUCUCGAUCUUGAGUCGCAAUCAGCUGUGUACUCAAGCUUUCUCGAGUCGCUGGACGGUCUCGCAACGAUUCGAGCGUUUGGUUGGGAGAAACAAGUCGAAAACGCAAACAUCCGAUCGCUCGACAAGUCGCAACAGCCUGCUUACAUAUUGUUCUGUCUUCAACGUUGGUUAUGCAUUGUACUUGACCUGAUUGUGGCUGCAAUCGCCACAAGUCUCAUCGCCUUCGCUGUUUUGAUGAAGGGUACAACGACGGCAGGACAAAUUGGCAUGGCGCUAAACCUAGUGCUUGUUGUGAAUUCGACACUGUUGAGUUUUGUGUCGGCUUUCACAAAUCUAGAGGUAUCUCUUGGUGCGAUCUCUCGUCUAAAGAACCUCGAAGAAGAGACGCCGAAAGAAGAUAAACCAGGCGAGGACUAUGUUCCCAAGCUGCCGUGGCCUUCAGCUGGAGUAGUCGAGAUCAAUGACAUGACAGUGGCUUACAACUCUGAGGCAGUUGCCCUGCAAAAUGUCACAAUCAAAGUUUCUGGUGGCCAGCAACUUAUCAUCUGCGGUCGCACGGGAAGCGGAAAAAGCACUUUGUUGUUGGCACUUCUCCGCCUGCUAGAUGCCAGUUCUGGAAGUAUUAAGGUGGACGGAGUCGACCUGAGCCUAGUCCCGCGUUCAUUGAUUCGAGAAGACUGCUUCAUCACUGUCUGCCAGGACCCUUUCAUUCUAGAUCAAACCAGCCUUCGCUUCAAUCUCAACCCCAUAUCCAUGGUGGGAUGGCGCGGCCUCGACGAUGUCCUUAUCAUCGACGUUCUCCAGCAGACUGGUCUAUGGUCUCACUUCAAAUCGGGCGAGUCUGAGAUUACUCCCUCGGAGGCCAAGGAGAUCCUGGACACUCCCAUGUCAUCUCUACCUCAAAUGUCUACCGGUCAAACACAACUGUUUGCACUUUCCAGAGCGAUCCUCCAAAAGGCGAUGGACGCUGCUGAGGCCUCUGUGUUGAGUGGACAGCUUCUCGGAAAAAGGAUUCUUCUCCUUGAUGAGGCUACAGCUUCGCUGGAUCCCGACACCGAGACUGCCAUGAGUCGCAUCAUUCACGAAGAGUUUACCGCAAAGGGACACACGGUUAUCGCCAUAUCGCACAGACUUGGCGGCUUAGGCGAGAAUAUGCGGGAGGGCCAGGACGCGGUUGCCUUAUUGUCAAACGGGAGGAUCGACAAGAUUGGAAGUGUGCAUGAAGUUCUGGGUACUACGGCUCUGGACAGCUGA